ACUAACUAAAACUAACCCACCCAAACCCCACACUACAAAUCCACGCGCCGAGCUGACCUCCCCGCUCCCAACCGACCAAACCCAAAGCCAGCCAUGGCGCGCGCGCGCGACGCCGCCCUCCUCCUGGCGUCCGCCCUCCUCCCGCUCGCCGCGGCCACCCUCCUGCCGGCCGCCGGCCCCGAGGACCCGCGGUGUCGGGCGACGGCGCCGCGCCGGGGCGCGCUGGCGGUGUACCCGACCGACAUGGAGCAGCUGCAGUUCCUGCUCAACGCCAAGUUCGUGGAGGCCGAGUGGUUCCUGCACGCCGCGCUCGGCCGCGGCGUCGACUUCCUCGACCGCAACCUCUCCGCGGGCGGGCCGCGCCCCGCCGGCGCCAGGAGGGCGGCGCUCGACUUCCGCACCACCGAGGUCGCCGCUGAGCUCGGGUACCAGGAGGUCGGCCACAUCCGGGCCAUCCGGCAGGCCGUGGGCGGGUUCCCGCGCCCCGCCAUCGACCUCGGCGCCGACCGCUUCGCCAUGGUCAUGGACGACGCCAUGGGCGCCCGCCUCAACCCGCCCUUCGACCCGUACAACAGCACCGUCAACUUCCUCCUCGCCUCCUACGUCUUCCCGCACAUCACCGCCGCGGCCACCAUGGGCAUCAGCUCCUCCCUCAUGGGCUUCGUCUCCAAGCGGCUCCAGUCGAGCAUCCUAGCGGUGGAGGCCGGGCAGGACGCGGUGAUCCGGCUGCUGCUGUACCAGCGCGCCGACGAGGCCGUCCCGCCGUACCAGGGGCACACCGUCGCCGACUUCACCCGCCGGAUCUCCCAGUGGCGCAACCGGAUGUCGGGGUGCGGGGCCAAGGACGAGGGGGUCAAGGUCCUCGACCGGCAGCAGGGUGCCGAGCGGCGCACCAUCAGCAACAUCCUCGGCGCCGGCGAGGACUCGCUCGGGUUCCAGCGCACGCCGGCUGAGGUCCUCCGAAUCCUCUACGGCUCGCGCAACGAGCAGAUCCCAGGCGGGUUCCUGCCCAGGGGAGCCAACGGGACCAUCGCCAGAGGCUUCUUCCAGCUCGCAUAGGUUCAAUAACAUAUCACGUCUUGAGUUCAGAAAGAACUGAUCUUCCAGCUGCUAACAGGAAAUCUGAAUUGUAUUGUUGGAUAUGGAUAUACAACAGAAUUUUCGAGGCAAGAUUCAAGCUUGCUUGGGUAUGGCCGAUACGACAUGGUGUUAGGAGCAUAAGAACUGAAUCCGAGUACGAUGAACCAGACCAGAAUGAUACACAUACAGAAACAUUUCAGAGCUACCAGGACAAGCAAAACAGGCUGAUAUGUUCUCGAAAACGCACUUCAAUAAGUAAAUAGUCGCAUUACAGCUAACUGCAAACAUGGGUUCGCGAAUCAACAACCACAGGGCAAAACUUAAAACAGGAUAGUCUGGGUAGAUAGUUCUAUAUCCUUGCAGAUGAACUCGCUAUAGCAAAACUCAAAGGCACAUUCUGAGGA